CUUAUAUUAAUGCAAAGUAAUUUUAAGGAUUUUUAUGAAUUACUAAACAUUCAAAAUACUGCAACGGAAUCGCAAAUAAAAAGUGCAUAUAGAAAAAAAGCUUUACAUUGUCACCCUGAUAAAAAUCCAGAUAAUCCAAAUGCAGCAGCUUUAUUUCGUGAAUUAUUUGUAGCUGUAGAAACUUUAACAGAUCCCAUAAGAAGAAAAAGGUACGAUGCUGAACUACGUGAGCAUCAGAUUUUAUGGGAGCAAUUACGACAAUUCCAAAAUGAAAAGAUGGCUAAGCGACGUAAGAUGCUACGAAAAGUGUUUUUUACAUGUAUUUCUGGAAUUUUGAUUUUAGUGAUUUAUAAGUUUAAAAACUUUAAACAUGUUUCUGAGAAAGUGGAAGUGACAUUACAGAACUCUAAAUUCCAUCAAGCAUCUCGAAUUGAUCCUACCGCAUGCUUGGAUCGACGUAAAAUUUUGUAUGUGUACUCUUUGCUUUGUCCGAUUGAAUAUCCUAAAGGAAUUGUUCCUGCCUUUUCGAGAUAUCGAUUUUUAAAAUUCACUAAAAAAGUUUUUUUGUCAAUUUUAUAUAAAAUAUCAAAUAUUUUUAUUCCUUUUUUUUUCAAGAUCAAUUAUAGAACUUAUGUGAAACAUGUUAAUAUUCUUAAUUUAUGAAUUGAAUGAAACGUUAGAGCUUAAUGUGGGCUGCUUAUUAAGGAAUGGUACAAAAGUUGUAACCAGAUCCGCCCACAAGAAUCAUCCGAGGAGGGAGGGUUAGUUCAAACUUUUGUUCAUCAUGUUAGGUCAUAAAGUCACAAUGAAAACAGUUUUGACCUCGCAAUAACGACUAAAAUUGUUGGCCCUUUCAAUGUCGUUAUAACCGAUUUGACUGUAAUUGUUAUACCAUGUAUAUGAAAUAUAUACAAGGUAUAUUAAGCUUAGUCCCAAGCUUGUAACGCUUGGAAAUAUUGAUGUAGCAACUAAAUUUUGGUACAGGUGUUCAUAAAAUCACCUAAUUAGUCCGUUUUUGGUUGUCUA